AUGACUCCGCUGUGGGUGGACGAUAUUCGCGAUGAAUUCCGUAAACUGGAGAAAGGCAUCGAUGCCGGGGAGGAAAAGACCGUUGACGCUUACUUCAGAUUUUUGUGCUUCGUAAACAAGAAUCAGAGACACUUGUCCGAGUUUUUAACUCCCGCCGUUCUGAGGCCGCAUUGUCUCCGACUGUACCGAGAGUUCACAAUGAACCCUGACGGGCUACGAAACGACGCGAAGUUCAUACAGUGCUUGUUAUGGAUGGCUAACUGGAACCCUAGGAUGUAUCGAGAUAUUAUCGAGAGAAAUAUAGGCGACCGCCUCGCGGUGACCUACGUAAUGUACUCCCGUGGGCUCGCGCGUCGGGGGCGAACUGAGGAGGCAGUAGCGCUCCUCAAGAGGGGUAUCGAAGUCAACGCCCUGCCGCUAAAUUAUCUCGAGGAAACAUUAAAGGAAGUUCAAGGACCCCAUGCCGCGAAUGCGAAGGAAAUGAGUUGUGCUAAUCAGACGGCUGUCGAGAACCCUAUACUGGAUCCCCACCAAAGAUUCGCCGGUGAACAGCGGGACUUCGCGCCCGACCAAUGCAGGACCUACGACUUCAAAGCUGUGUAUCCAGAGUAUAACGCUCAAGAGUUCCAGUUCGAGGAGAGACGUGUUCAAAAAUGGCGUCUAAGACGGAAAGAGAUCGAGGAGAAGAAUCUCUCGAAGGCGAAAGACGAAGAGAUCCAGAAACUCCGGGACACUAUCGAGCAACUCCAGAACGAGAAGGCUCUGCUGCUCGCCGAACUCGCCGAGCCAGGCAGGCAGCCGUUCGAGCUCGACGCGUCGAAAAAAUCCGAACUUUUCGAUGAAAUGACCGACACCGUUCCUCUGGUCAGCACCCAGAAACCUCCUCGGCUAUCUGACGUCAGCGUAAUGAACAGUCAACCAACAGCCGAUGCUACGAAUGCGGUCGGUGGAAACAAAACUGAAAUGAUGACUCGGGACAUGAGAGAAUUGUUCUGGAACGGGACUCUCGAUUCGACGAAUCUCCCGGCUAGCACCGAAACUACGAUGGCCAAAGAUGACGCCUCGGAAACUCUGCAAGCGACAGCGCCUCCCACACGUCCGAAGUUGGAGAUUUUCCAGGAGAACCCCGCACCUCAGAGAAUCACGGUAUUCGACGAGAACGACCACAAGAGAAAGGCUCUCAACACACCGACGCCGGCAAAGCGUUUCGCUAUAUGCGCAGAUGAGAAUCGUCCGAGUCAGUCAAGUCGCCGUACCUCGGGGAGUCCGAUGCCGAAAAUGAAGUCGUCCGACGAUCUCCCGUCUCCACCCUUCGGCAAAGACGACGACGACAAAGAAAACGUCGCUCCGAACGGCUAUCAACAGCCGGCUUACCACUCACGCAGGACCAGCGGAGUUCUAGUCGAUGCCGAAGGUUUUGAAACCGCUCCGAUUCCCGCCGAACCGGAAUUCGAGGACGAUGACGAUCUCGGGGUAACUCCGCUCGAUGAAUUCGAAAACUCCGCUGGAAGGGCCGUAUCCACUCCAUCGAAGAACGCUCCACCGGAACUCAGCUGGCGCGUGACAGAAAUGCUUUCGGGCCACGGCCCUCUGCUAGUAGGACAUGGCAGAGAUUCGCCGAACAUGGACUCGCCCGAUCGGAGAUUGAGCACAAUCUUGGAAGCCAGCAAAGAAUCCGGAUCGUCUGGGAGCUCGAACUCUCUGGGCACACCGUCAGUGGCUCGAAGUAGUUUGGCCAGUUCUGUCACAGACGAUACCCUGCCAACACUGAACCCGAUCGUGUCCGAUCCUUUUAGUCCAGCCCUUCGGAACAAAAUAAUCCUUGGAAGCAAAAUGCCUUACGAGACCGUUUCGGGGAAACUACCCGCAAUGAAGAAGAAGUGCGCCAUUCACUUCUCGAACGGUUACCGUGCGACGAUCCAGAAGAUGAUCGGUGAAGGUGGAUUUGCCAAAGUAUAUUUCGCGCAAAAGGAUUCCGAAGACGACGACGGCGGCGAUAUCGACGCGGAGGGAGAAAUGACGACCUGUAUUGUUCGAAACGACCACGCGGCCAUCAAAAUCACUAACGAGAUCUCCGCUGGCCUGUGGGAGUACUACAUUCUCCAAACGAUCUUCCGCCGGCUCUCCCGCCAGCAAUCAAUCCUGCCAUGCAUUCGGAAAAGCAUUCCCGAGCCGCAUUGCGCUGCGUACUACGACAACGGUUUCUUAAUCAGCUUGCCUUACCUCCCCUACGGCUCCCUGGUGGAUUUGGUGAAUCGAUUCCAGAGAGAGGUUCCGGAACUACUGGCCCGAUACCUAGUGAUCGAGUUGAUGGUGAUCGUCAUGCGUCUGCACGAAAACGGAAUCAUACACGGGGACCUGAAGCCGGACAACGUUCUCUUCCGCAAAGUCCCAUCGAUCCAGAUGAUCGGAGAACUUCGAUCGAAAACUCAAUGUUUGUGUCUCAUUGAUUUCGGUCGGGCGAUCGAUCUGGAGGCUUAUUCGUCGACGAGCACCACGUUUUCGCACGUUGUAAACGAGGACAUUCAGAAGUGCGUGGCAAUGCGAGAGCAGAGAAACUGGCUCUUCGAUUUCGACUGGUUCGGUGUCGCGAACUGUGCUCACACCUUGCUGUUUGGGGAAUAUAUCGAAGUUGAGAAGACCCCAAGCGGUGACUAUACGCUCAAGAAAAGGCUCCCGAGGUAUUGGAAUCCCGAAUGGUGGACCAUGUUCUUCCACGGCUUGUUGAACAUGACUGCGACGACGUCACGACCGGAUCACGUCGAUUAUCCCAUCAAGAACAUCAUCGAGCUCGGAGGAGCGUCGUUGAACAACCGAGAAUCCAUGAAGACUCUUUCUCUGAAGCUAAUACAGCUCAACAGCAUGAUGCAGAAGCGGUGAGCGUCCCUCCGUGCGGGGCUGCUACUUGAUUUAUCAUGAUACUAAUCUUUUAAAGUUUUAUUCCGGGAUAAGAAUGACAACAGCGCAUAGCGAAAGUUUAGUUGUAUGAAAAACCUGCCAGGUGUGCGGGUUUGAUGUAAAUAAAGUUGUUGUCGGAACUUCGGGAGGAGAUCACGGACAUAUAUUGUAAAU